AAAGUAAAAAGUGGAGCUUUGCGGGAGGUGCCUCCCCCUCCUCACUUCUUAUCACUCUGGACCCUGACAGCCAUUCUUAGCUAUGUGCUAAUGCUAAGGCUGGAGCGCUAGGCCUGGUCAAGUCGAGAUGUCGUUCCAGCCAUGGUGGCUAAUUGCCUGUGGCCUAGUUGUCAUCUCCACUGGAGCAUUAGUAUUGCUUCCAGCUUCCCCGCCGCCGCCAUCAUCACCACACAGGCUAAUCCACAAGUGUGGGUUAACACAUUUGCUCAGCGGCAUGUCUUAAACAUGGCUGUCUCAACAGUGUGUGUGUGUGUGUCAAAGCCUGUUGUGGGGUAAUAAAAGUCGUCUCAUGUUGCACUGUGACUUUCACCCUCUCCAAGAGGCUCAUUUACGGUGAUGGGGUGUGUCUACACCAGCUUGUGAGUUCUGUUGGUAUGUGAGUGCAUGUUGUUUUGGACUUGCACUAUGCUCAGGUUACCUAAGAAAAACUGUCAGACGGACAAAACUGAACUAUCAUCGCUGUCUAAGAUCCUUUCUACACUCAAGAUUUAUUUUUUAUUCUGUCGCCAUGGAGCCAUCCCCACCACCACACUCUCACACUUGUCUCCGUGAGCUGCAUGCGCUGUGGGUAGUGUGGGCGGAGAAAUCUCGGUGGGUAUUUUCAGGAAGCUCAACAUUCAGCCUUACAUCAUCCAGGAAGAGGUGGAUUAACAAACAAAUCGUGGAUGCGAAUUGUUUUGUAAGACCAGCACAAUUUUGCCCCCGCUCCCAAAAAGCAAUAUCAGCUCAUUGGGAGGUGUAAUUCUUUAACAGGGGGCAGUAAGCCCGCAAGGCAAAAUGGCGGCGCCCUAAGUUCCAAAUGUCAGUCGGCCGCCCUGCACCCACUGACUCUUUUAGAGGAAAUCUGAUCGUGACGCUGCUCAGAAGCUAGAGGGCCACCAGCUGGGGGCCAACGGUGGCAGUCAUGGCAGGGGGCCGAGGAGUCACGACGGUUGGAGAGACGAGGGGCUUUGAAGGGCCCGGAGGGAGGCCGCAGUCAGGCCAGGUGGAGGGGACACUACAACAGACCAUCGUGAGGGGAAACCGGCCCCCCAAAGAUGCGUCCAUCAACGGCCUGCUGGAGGAGUUUGACAACAUCUCGGUGACGCGCUCCAAUUCACUGCGCAAGGAGAGCCCGCCGGGCGCUCACCAAGCGGGCGCCGGCUCCAGGCCUCUGCCGGGCGCUCGUCCCGGCGGCCUUGAGGAGAAUGGCUUUGGCCACUACUACUCGCGCUACUCUUGCGACUUAGAUGCCUCCGGCAGCCGGGAUUACGCUCUGGACAAGCCGGGCUUCUCGGCUGACGGCGAAUGGGCCCUGGGACGGCAUUACCGCUUUACCAAACACAACGGCCACUCGCACCACAUCCGCAGCCCCUUCUACCCGGACGCCAUGCCCCAAAAGUCAGACUACGGCAAGCUCCCGCCAGACUACCACACCUACCUGGAGAGCAAGGGGCGCUCCACGGACGAGGUGGCCUCCACGGUGGGGAGCGGCGUGGGCUCCAGUGGCUAUUACCGGGCCUCUGUGGGCGGCUCGUCCAGCCAGGACUACCGGGACACGUCGGUGGGAACACCGUCCCGCGCCUCCCUUCACAGCGAGCAGAUCAACUACCCGGACAGCGAGUGGAGUUACGGUGCCGUGCGGGAAGACUACGACAAGAGACCGAAGAGCUCGUAUGUGAUGCAGACCAGUCCCACGCCGGCCAUCAGGCAGAGGUCCCGCUCGGGCUCCGGGCUCCAGGAACCCAAUGUCCCCUAUGCGGCCGGCGGACCCUUCAAGAACCCCGCUCAGGCCCACUCCUACAGCUCCUACACGUACCCGCGCUUGUCCGAGAGCCUCGGUGCCUCUCAGACCAUCAACAAGGGUGACUAUGAGCGUACGUCGCGGGACGCCAGCCCCCACGCCACGGUCGGCGACACCUACCCCCGCGGACCCCUCAAGCUACCUCAGAACCACGCCAAGCCCCCCGGCUACCCGCCCGUGCACCUGCCCUACCCGCCCGUUUUUCACCACUACAAGCCGUCACCCUAUCACCACCCGCCCUCCCAGCCCAGCCCACCGUACACGCCGCAGGGGGCAUACUCGCAGCCGUCGUCGCCCUACAUCCCCCCAGGGGCGUACCCUCCCCCUUCGUGGGGGUCCAGCUCCGACACUCAGCCCUCCAGGGUGUCUCACGAGCAGUUCCGAGCCGCGCUGCAACUCGUUGUCAAUCCAGGCGACCCCCGCGAGUACCUGGACAGCUUCAUCAAGAUCGGCGAGGGCUCCACGGGCAUCGUGUGCAUCGCCAGCGAGAAGCACAGCGGAAAGCAGGUGGCCGUCAAGAAGAUGGACCUGAGGAAGCAGCAGAGGAGGGAGCUGCUCUUCAACGAGGUGGUGAUCAUGAGGGACUAUCACCACGAGAACGUAGUUGACAUGUACAAUAGCUACUUGGUGGGAGACGAGCUGUGGGUGGUCAUGGAGUUCCUGGAGGGAGGGGCGCUCACCGACAUCGUCACACACACCAGGAUGAACGAGGAGCAGAUCGCCACGGUGUGCUUGUCGGUGCUGCGGGCCCUGUGCUACCUUCACACGCAAGGCGUCAUCCACCGGGACAUCAAAAGCGAUUCCAUCCUGCUCACCAGUGACGGACGGAUCAAGCUGUCCGACUUUGGCUUCUGUGCCCAAGUAUCCAAAGAAGUGCCCAAGAGGAAAUCGCUGGUGGGGACGCCGUAUUGGAUGGCGCCGGAAGUCAUCUCCAGACUGCCUUAUGGGACAGAGGUGGACGUGUGGUCGCUGGGCAUCAUGGUGAUUGAAAUGGUGGACGGUGAGCCCCCCUACUUCAAUGAGCCCCCCCUGCAAGCCAUGAGGAGGAUACGAGACAACCUGCCACCGCGGCUAAAAGAGUUACACAAGGUGUCGUCGGUGCUGCGCUCCUUCCUGGACCUGAUGCUGGUGCGCGAGCCUUCCCAGCGAGCCACCGCGCAGGAGCUCCUCCAGCAUCCCUUCCUCAAACUAUCGGGACCGCCGUCCUGUAUAGUGCCCCUCAUGAGACACUAUCGCCACCGCUGAACAGACACACACGCACACACACACUUCUGUGGUUACUGCCCGCCCACAUCUUGUCAACACUCUUGUGACCAUAACGUAGAUUAGCUAACCGACACACACGGAACCCACUACUACGAAGAAACUCUGAAGUGGACUCUGGGUGUUUUAGUUCGUCACCUUAGAGGACCUGAGUGGACCCCCGAGAGUGUGGGCAGCGCUGCAGAGAAGCCGUGCGCGGGUGGAGCGGCCACCCACGCUCCCGCUGCACAUGUAUUUUAAGAGCAACUUGUAAGAUUGAGUGUACAGUUUUGAUAACUUUGAGUAUUUGAUGGUGUGGUCGCCAUUGUGAUAUGAGCAGUAUUCAAUAGACUUUCCUACUCUUUAUAAUACACUUUUUCAUUAAGAAAUACACACACACAAAUACAAAACACAGAAACACACACACAAUAUUUCAAAUAUCCCACUUGAACCCAACUGCUACUAAAAAAAAAAGCUACUACAUAUAUUUAUUAUUACUAUUAUCUAUCUUUGUAGACAGAACCAUUAAACGUUGGGCAAAAAAGGGUAAUGUUAGACGUUUUCUAAGAGCUUUUUAAAGUAUUUAUUUAUUUAUUGCAAUUCAUUUUUGUCUAGUGUGGCCUUCUGUUCUCGCUCAAUUUAUUUUUUAAAUUAUUUAAUGAAAAAGAAAAGCGACGGUCAACAGGGAUCUACUCAAAUACACUCAAAUGCAAUGAAACAACGACUUCACUUUGUGUUUUUGUGUCAAUACAAUAAAACAUACAUUACAAAUUGUAUACGGUCAAUUUCAAAUAGGGUUAGAAAACACUUUAUACUGGUCCAUAAUUUGUAAAAAAAAAUAACUGGGGGUUAACCAGUAUAUAACAAAUAUUCACCCAAUAGUGACAAUAUUUAAUGUAUAUUUUUACGUCAGUAAAACAUACUUUCCAAGUAAAGAUGACAUAAAUAAACAUUUCAACUAUACAUCUUGUAACAAAUAAAUUUAAUAUAUGAGGUAUAUGACAAAUACCUAAAAUAAAAACCUUGUAAUUGAAAUGAUACAUUGGCUUUUAGUCAAGUCAGCAUUUUAUGAUUUGAGUGUAUCUUUAGCAAUUGCAGGGAGCCAAUGAAGCCAGUGGGUGUCCGCUACUGUAAUAAUUUGCACUCAUUGUAGCACACACUGAGGGAAUCAAUUAGAAACACAAAGUAAAGAAAAAUAAAUAAAAACAUGGUUCAUCGUCCUUGUCAUGAAAUCACCUGGAAUACACCAGUGUAAAAGCGGCUGACAUCCAUUUUGACCCAUCAGUCACUGUGAUGUAAAUACGAAUGCGUGUGCGUGCGUGUUUGUUGUACAGUGUCACAGCAUGUCUGUGAAGAUGCUUUCAAUUAAAACAAACUUCCAUAAGACCAA